CACCAGUGUUGGGUGUCCACGUUUACAGCCGCUGGCCGUAGUGCGCGCUUACAGUUUCGCGACAAAUGGACCGUACGGCCGCGCUCGCCGUAUUUCUGUUGUCCACCUUUUCCGUCCAAGUUUUAUGCGGCCGAUCCGUGUUGCUGACCGACGGCGACACGCUGUACCUGAAGUGGCAGACCCGACUGGGACCGUUGGCCCGUUGUUCGGCGGUGUUGCCCGACGGCACAGAGGCCACCCUGACGGCCUCGGCUGGAGCCCGGACCGGCCUCGUGUACGUGGGCGACGGUUACGCGUCGGGACAGUGCGGCCUGCGGGCCGACAACUUGGUCAAGCCCGGCACCGGCAACUGGACGCUCAAGGCGAUCGCCGUGGACGGCCGACGGGAACAGUCCACCAACGAAGUCACGUGCAUCGCCAAAAAAUGGCCGAAAGAGAUCGUUUUGAAGGUGCCGGUCGGUACGGCGCAGAACGUAACGUGUGGCCCUCCAUCGGCUUUGCAUUGCCGCAUGUCCAGUCCUUCGGGCGACGUAUCCCGUCACUUUGGCCAAUGCACGGAACGAGUCAAGUCCGUCGGAUCUCACCAUGUGAACACGUGGACGUGCUGGUCGGUAACGGCCGAGUCGGCCGCCGAAGUUCAGUAUUCGGUGCAGUUACAAGCGUACCGAGAGGGAGCUGUCGUGGACGUCGGUUGGAACGACACGCCUGCCGAAGUGCGGGUGUUCUGCAACGUGCGAGGUGCCGGCGGUGGUGCGUCCGCCGGCAACCGGUCGCUGUUCUGCAAGUUGUCCCUGCCGGAAGACGCGGAAACGCUGUCGCUGGCCUACGGCCGAGGUACGGCCAGAUACGCUUACUACGGCACCGACCACGGAGACUGCGGCGUUUCGUUCCCGAAGCCGGUUUUGCCGGUGGAAGUGGGACGUUGGAAAUGCAUGAACUCGAUGACCGAUAGGGUUUACGGAGGAUUUGUAACUGUGAAGACCACCGACCGAGCGACGGAUAAAAAUAACGCAGCGCUCGCCGUCGCCAUCAAAAAGCCAUUAACUGUGCCCAGGGGCAACGCGUUUACCGUCGAGUGCGCUGUCCCGGCCGAGCUCGACUACUGUUGGUUGCGGCAUCCUAACGGCACGGCCGUCCCAGUGACCGCGCCGCCCAACGACCACGACCGCGGUCGUUAUCGUUACGUUGGCGAAGGCCUUUCGUUCGGCCAGUGUUACGUCACCGUCUGGGAGGCGUCUGUGUACGAUACCGGCUCCUGGCUGUGCGCCCUAGGAUUGCGGAACGACAGACUAGAAGUAUAUGGGUCGGUCAACGUCACCGUAACCGAGUCGGUAAUCACGGCCUACCAGACGGAACUAUACGCAACGGAAGGCGCCGACGUGACGCUAGGAUGUUACUCGGUUGAGCGGCAGCCUAUCGCGUAUUGCCGCUUCUUGACGCCGCAGCUCGUUGGUUUCGCGGUGGACGAGCGAUCCACCACCGCGGCCGGCAGACCGUGGCGAUACGCAUACUCAGGCCAGGGCUUGAUGGCGGGCCACUGUGGACUGACCAUUGACGGCGUGGACGAGUCCGAUUACGGAAACUGGACGUGCGCCGUCAAGAUCCUUGACUCGUCCGGAUCCGAAGAAGUCAGCAUAGCGUUGACACUCAGAAAACCCGAAGGGUUCACCAUGGUGCAGAUUAUCGGUAUUGUAUUUUGCGGUACGCUGAUAUCAGUGAUGUCGUUAUUUUUUGCUAACCACUUGAUCACCAGCCCGUCGGCCAAGACGAGGAAAAAAAUCGAAAAACUCGAACUGCUCGAGGCGGCAGAGAAGGGUAACCGCAGAAUAAGCAGCAGACGGUUGCCGCCGGGUCGCGUUAUUCGAACACCAAACGGUCCAAUUAAGAAACACGGAUCCGUUCCUCGACGGAUAUGACGGCCGUUUUUUAUUAUAUUAUGUAUUACACGAUACCCGAUACAAAUUUUUCACGUUUUCGCUCAAAAGUUUAUACAACAUUGUACAAAAUACCAUUACGGUUUUGUUA